AUGAUAACGAAAGGCCGGGACGUGAAGAAAUACUGCAUGUUUCAUAGAGAUGUCGGUCAUUACACCGAAGAAUGUGUUCAAUUAAAAGAGAACAUUGAAGAUCUCAUAAGAAAAGGGCGAUUGUCUCAGUAUCGUACUCAAACAGGUCCCAGCCGGCAGCAAACUGCACAACCCAGGCAAACUGAGUACCGAAAGCAGGGAGAUUCAUCAAUGCAAGAUGACGCCUAUAGACAGAAUCAUGCGGAAACAUCCAGGCAGGGAAGUAUUCCGACAAGGCGCAAAAUAACAAUCGAUGUUAUUACCGGCGGACCAGUAUACGGGGGUUCCGUAAGCGGAGAGAAGAAAAGUUUGUCGGAAUACCGACACCUAGUGAACGCAUUGAGCGUAGAGGAACGACCUCGACCUUCUCCCAUGCUUUCGAUAUCCUUUUCGGAGGAAGAUGCUAAGGGAAUAGUCUUCCCUCAUGAUGAUCCGUUGGUACUGGUAUUGACGGUUAAUGGAGCAGACAUCAAGCGGAAGCUCCGCCAAUAUCCUAUUUGCUAG